CAAUGUAGAAAAAAACAAUCCUACGACCAAAAAAAAACAAUCCUACGACCAAUGCCUUGCCCUUGAUGAAUUGCUUAAAGAGCCGUUGAACAAACUACCACAAUUCUGUGAUACGCAAGCUACAGCCAUUGUAUAAAUAUUUGUACAUUGGGUUGAUGAUGAAUAAGUAUUUCAGUAGUUGCUCCAAAAAAUAGAAGAAUAAAUAUUUCAUUUUGUGUUAUUCAUCAUCAAACCAUCGUUCAGAUAUUUAUACAAAUGAGGAUCGGCUAGAUAAACAUGAAUAAAGAUCUACACUUAUUUAAUGAUAUAUUUGUAUCAUUAUCUGGACUUAUAACUUAACAUUAUCCGAAUACUACAAACACAUCGAUCACUAGGUUUUUGCAACCGAUUUGAAAGUUCUGAGCCACGGUCUCAUCUCCAACUUAUCUGAAAACUCUGUGCUUAAAGAUGAUGAGGAUGAUGAGACUCUGGUUACAAAUGAUGACGAGGUGGAGAAGACCAGUGAUGAGAGUACCAAAAAAUAAUAGGACAGUGGAUCUUCCCGAGGAUAUGCUUGUGGAGAUACUCUCUAGGGUUUCAGAGGCUUCUCUAGCACGGUCCCGUUCUACCUCAAAAGGAUGGAACGCUCUUAUUAAAAAGAAAGAAAACUUGAACAAGUCUCUUGUUGUCAUCUUGAUUGAUCGCAGGGUUUAUUUAUCUAGGCUUGAUCUGCACGGCAUUCAAGACGGUAACGUUGUUAAGGUAAUAAGUCAGCUCAGCUUCAACGAUCCUCUUUCUAAUUCUUCGGAAGAAGUCAAUAUACGUCACGUCUUUCACUGCGACGGCCUAUUGCUAUGCACCACCAUGGACAAUAGAUUGGUUGUUUGGAAUCCAUGUUCAGGGGAAGUCAGUAGGAUGAUCAAACCGUUAAAUUCCUACUCUAGUGAUGUCUACGCUCUCGGUAAAUCCAAGAACAACGAGUACAAAAUCUUGAGAGGGCAUCAUCAUGGACAUGGUUACUUGGAACCAUGCCUUGUUGAGUACGAAAUCUAUGACUUCACAUCUAAUUCGUGGAGGGUUAUUGGUAAGACUAGAGAGUGGUCCAUUCCACGUAUGUGGCGAGGUGGAACGUCUGUGAAUGGAAAUACUUACUGGCUUACUUUUACUUUUAGGAAAAACGGUCCAAGGUCGAGGGAUACCUUACGAUGUUUUGAUUUUUCAACAGAGAGGUUUGAACUUGUGUCUCUUUCUGGUGAUCCUCGUUCUUAUCAUGCUUUUGCUUUAUCAGUGACUAGAGAAGAGCAAAAACUUUGUCUCUUAACUUCUUCUCGUGAUGAGGUAUACGAUAUAGAUGUAUGGAUGGCAACUAAGGUUAAAUGUACCGGAGACAUGUCAUGGAGUAAACUCCUAACAGUGAAAAGAACCCAUCGCUACGAGUUCAUUACGCUUUGUGCUGGGAUGAGUUUCUUGGCCGAUCGGGAGAAUAAAGUUUUAGUGCAUCCCAGUAGAUAUAAGAACUCUAGUAACUGCUUACACAUUUUGGGAGAGGAUAAAUACUUACAAGUGGACCUUCAUGAUGUAGGAUCUAAAUGCUCACUUCCUGUCACGUAUGGUCCAACUUUGGUUCAAAUCCAACAAGGUUCUUUCGGGGUAGGCACAUGGAAAGCACCACUAACGUGACGUGUAGUUGACACACACUAGUCUAUGAAUUGUUAUCCAAGUGUUCAUGAUAUUUGGUAAAUUAUAAUAUAAGUCUUCCUACGCCGUAAUUAGUUCCCGUACAAUUUCCAACUUUACAUACAUUAUUUACCAGUUUCAAAUAGCGUUAACUGAAAAAAGGAAGAGAUUUUAUUUGUGUAAUUUAAUUAUUAUAAUUGGUUAGCCUCGUUUGCGGAUGAUACAAUGUUCUUCCUCAGUGCAAACGAGGAAAAUUGUGCUGCACUAGUAUCAAUUCUAACCAGCUACGAAGAGGCCUCAGGCCAGACAAUCAAUAAGAACAAGUCAGCGGUCACAUUUUCUGAUGGAACCUCUCCCAAAGAUUGAAUUCGAAAGUUGGUGAAGGAUAGACUUUGAUCGAGAAAACGACCAAAGGAAGGUGAAAUGGAUGAUGGAUCGAAUGCGUAGAUGGAUGGUGGUUCUUCAGUUGUAGAUCGAUGGAAAGAUCACAACUUGUGUAGAGAAUCAUUGGCUAAGAGAAUGAAUUCUGCUUUCCAG